UUGUAUUACGUGUCCCUUCACAUCUCAAUUGACAAGGUACGCCACUCAGUAAAAUAUCAGAUCAUCCGUGAAAUUAUAAAUUUUCUCACCCAAUUUAUGAGGGGGUUGAUUCUUUCGCAUCCCAGUGAAAGCGAAAGUCACAGUAGCAAUAAUGGCUUCUAUGCUCAUAUUACCACCAGUUUCUUCCUUCAGCAAUUGCUAUAAGUUUGGUGGUAGACAUGUUUUGGGUUUCAAUUCUAUUCCUACCAGGCCCAUUUUUGGCCGAAGGAUAAGUUCUAUAUGUAAUGGAAGCAGAAGCCCACAUUUGAAUGCCUGUUCUUUUCUUAAUGUUGGGAAGAAGUACAGACACCAGAUUUCAGUGGCAGCAGAUUCAAAUGCGGGAGAGGGCAUAGCAAAUGAGAACAAUAAGCAAGCGGGCGUGGAUUACAGAGAGAGCCCAUCUUAUAAACAAUGGGAUGCAUUGACAUCUACCAUUGCAGGCUGCUCUACUAUACCCUUUCUUCUUCUGCAACUCCCCCAAAUACUCCUCAAUGCUCAGAAUCUAUUGUCUGGAAACAGAAGUGCACUUCUUGCAGUGGGAUGGCUGGGACAACUAACUGGAGUGUUGGGGAAUCUCUCCUUACUUUCAUAUUUUGCGAAGAAAAGGGAGACUGGAGCUGUGGUUGUUCAGGCAGUGGGAGUCAUAUCAAUAUAUGCUGUCAUCCUCCAGCUUGCAAUAGGUGGGGCCAUGCCUUACACCCCAUUCGUUGCCACUUCUGUUGCUGUUGGCUCAGGGUUAAUUUUGAAUUUUCUCAAUUACUACAACCUUCUUAAUGCUGGCAUUUGGAAGUUCUGGGAAGAUGUUAUUACUGUUGGUGGGCUUUCUGUUCUUCCUCAGGUUAUGUGGUCGACUUUUGUUCCUUACCUGCCACAGAGUAUUUUGCCAGGAAUUUUAUCAUUUGCGGCAGCUUUAACAACUGUUAUUCUGGCCCGUUCUGGAAAACUCUCAAAAAAGGCAGUGGAAUUUGUGGGAUCAAUUUCAGGGUGGACUGCUACUCUGCUAUUUAUGUGGAUGCCGAUAGCACAAAUGUGGACAAACUAUCUCAAUCCAGAAAAUAUUCGAGGUUUGUCUGUUUAUUCAUUGUUGCUGGCAAUGAUUGGGAAUGGUCUUCUGGUUCCACGAGCCCUGUUUACUCGUGAUGUUAUGUGGUUCACAGGUUCAUCUUGGGCAGCCUUUUUAUAUGGUUGGGGAAAUAUUCUUUCUAUUUACAUUUGUGGAGGCAUUGGUGGCAUGUAUUUUUGGGCAAUCACCAGCGCUCUUCUAUUUUCAAUGGGAACAAUAUAUUGGAGGGAUGCAAAGGCUUACGGGCUGAGUUCACCAGUUGAUUCUCUUGGACAAUUAGCUUUUGGCCGAUAGCAAGUUAAGUGGGAGUCUUCUCUACCUUGAUAAUGACUACAAAAGUUGCAUUGAUUUGAGAUUCAGUUGAGAUAUGAUACAAGCAUUUGACAAGAAAUGCAUUUAGCAGUUGCAUGCUGCUGCAAGAAUGAAUGCCACUCUGGCUUGAGGGACCAUAUAUGUUUGGUUCUGAAAUUCUUCUUCAUGUUAUUGUGCAAAGGACAAGGGUGGAAAAGAAGAGACCAUUCUGUUUAAUUUCUCGUUACAAAUUUUCUUUGUUGGCCUCUGUAAGGCACACUUGUGUAGAUGGACUAUGUAGGAAUCAUUUAUAUUUUUCUUCGAUUAUGAUUCUUUGUGGAAAACGUGGAAGAUUCCUCUGUAUGCAUAAACUGGGCAUGUGUUUGUUUCUCAAGUUGAUGAUGUUGUAAAUUAAAUUUGUGUUUCAAGAUUCAAA